GGCAGUGUGAUGGGCAGCCCCGCCGUCCCAUCAUGCAGUGCGGAUCCCGGGGUCCUCACACAGCACAUGCUGCUUCCUGACUCCACAGCACCACGUGAGUGACCGAGCGGAGACCGGAGCCGGACAGCAUGCCGAAAUCCAAGCGGGACAAGAAGGUGUCACUGACUAAGACAGCCAAGAAGGGUUUGCAGGUGAAACAGAACCUGAUAGAGGAGCUGCGGAAAUGUGUGGACACGUACAAGUACCUGUUUGUGCUGUCGGUGGAGAACAUGAGGAACAACAAGCUGAAGGAUGUUCGGAGCGCCUGGAAACACAGCCGAUUAUUCUUUGGCAAGAACAAAGUGAUGAUCCUGGCUUUGGGGAAGGGCCCCUGUGAUGAGUACAAGGAUAAUUUGCACAAGCUGAGUAAGUGUCUGAAAGGGGAAGUCGGGCUCCUAUUCACCAAUCGCAGCGAGAAAGAAGUCAAAGAGUGGUUUAAUCAGUUUAAGGAGACGGAUUUUGCCCGAGCUGGGAACAAGGCCACCUUCGGAGUAGUCCUCGAUGAAGGGCCGCUGGAACAGUUUACCCAUUCGAUGGAGCCACAGUUACGGCAGCUGGGUCUGCCCACAACGCUGAAAAAGGGAGUGGUGACUCUUCUGUCCGACUACGAGGUGUGUAAAGACGGUGACACACUCACCCCGGAACAGGCUCGUAUUCUGAAACUGUUUGGGUAUCAGAUGGCAGAGUUUAAAGUCCUCAUCAAGUCCAUGUGGGAAGCAGAGACUGGCGCGUUCCAGAAGCUUUCAGAGGACGCGGAGAAGAGUGGAGACGAGAUGGAUGAUGCAGAAGGGGAGGAUGAAGCUGUGGAGUGACCCCAGCCAGGACACAGCUGUGGAAUCUUCCUGUUGUGGAGCACAGAUGAGUCACCUGUCCUGUUGGUGGGAAUGUCACCCUCGCGGAGUAAGCGGGAUCCCUUGUCCCAAGAGCUUCUGGGUAAAAACUCUGUUCCAGUGGGAAACAAUAGUUCCUGUGUUUUAACAGAAGACCUUUCUGAUCGCCUGUAUAUAAAACAUCAUUUUUAUUCCUCAUCUCUGCCGUGUUCUCUGGUGGGUUCAGCGCUCGGCUGCAGGUAUACAUUGCAUCUCUGCGCAGUAAAUGCGCAUGCUGCUAUGGCCGUCGCCGCUGUAAUGGCCCCUCUACACGCUAUUGUUUUGCCUUUAAGCCCUAAGUGUUCCCUACGUUCCAUGGUGCUUCCUAGGGCUCAGCCCGGUCUGUCUGCUCUCAGACUGGUUCCUUAAGUCAUGUUCCAACUAGAAGUGCCAUCAGUGGAGGAGAGUCCUGUAGGUAAUCGGAUGUCUACGUAUACAGAACCCGACGUCUGUGUGUCAGUGCUAUCUUGGGCUGUAUGUUUUCUGAAACAUUCACUGGGCCGUUAUUUGAUGAAUAGUUAAUAAACCAGUCUGUGUGAA